AUGAACACUCAAGACUCGGAAGAGGACGACUAUUAUUCGAGAUUCAACCAGACUACUCCUGUGACCGCCACGUUGGGCAUCCCCCACCUUGGACACAGCGCAUCGCCUUACGAAGAUCUCACUCCUAUCCCAAACAUUGUUCAAUCUGGACUGGACACAAACGCAAUCUUCUCAACAACUUCAUACAUCCCAGAAGAAGAACCCCUCGGAUGGUCUCUGCAUGAUGGCCUAAUUCAGGGGACACCCGAGCUGAGUGGCACUGGCUCCUGGGGUCCCCUGCAUCACCAUUAUUCCUUGCAGUCAAAUGAUAUCUCACGAUUUUUGUCAGCUCCUGCGGUAGACUCGAGCAUACAGGCUCCCCCACAAACCCUAUCUCUGCCUCUGGCGAAGAAUCGAUCACUCACGGCUUCUCCCGGAUCCGAUGUUUCCAAAAGUUCUUCAACACAGGCUGCCAAGGGAUUCCGUUCUCUAUCCAAGCAAUCCACGACCUCAUCAUCAGGUGUUGAUAGACAAGCCGAAAAUCGCAGAGAGCUAGAAACGCUGCUACAGAAAAUCGUCAAGAGUCAAGACGACAAGGAUAAGAUCAAACGGUUGCAGAAUCGAAUAACUACCCCGGCGCAUACAAAGAAGAGAAAGGGUUCCGUUGCAGGUCUGCAGAGGCAAGUCAACACACUGAUUGAGCGUUCCUCCAGCCUGCGGACGGAGAACGACGCUCUCAACGUGAGGUGUAAGAGACUCGAGUCGCAACUCAAAGGAAGUGAAGAGCAUAAAUCUCAAUUGAAUUACGAACUGUAUGUAUCGAAAGGAAGAAUCAGAAAUCUCCAAAGGCGAUUGGCGGAACUGGGUGACAAUAGCGAACAGUCACUAUCCCAUGAAAGCUUGACAGACUUUCCUACUGAUCCAUCGAUCUAUCCUACAUUUCAUCCUCAGUAUCCAGGGACCUGGGGCGUGGGGCGGAAGUGGACGUAUGGAAUAAGGUGA